AAUUGCAGUAAUCAAAACACUUGUGAUUCCAAAGUUUGUAUAUUUAUUUAGUAACACUCCUAGCCCACCCAAAAAGUUCUUUGACACUCUUCAAAAAAGAUUAUUUAAAUUUAUUUGGAACAAUAAAGGUGACCGAAUAAAGAGAAGUAUUAUGUAUAAUAAUUUGAACGAUGGUGGAUUAAAAAUGACGCAUAUAGAGAGUUUUUGUAAAGCCCUAAAAAUUGCAUGGGUAAAAAGAGUUUUGGACGAACAAAAUGACGGUCAUUGGAAAAAGUUGUUUUAUGCCAAUACUAAACAAAUAGGUGUAGUGUAUAUAUUCUUGUGUAAUUUUGUAGGAAGCGACUUGAACUGUAGCGGCAUAAAUGGAUUUUGGAAAGAUAUUCUUUUUGCUUGGUCACACUAUAGGUACUACAACCCCGUGAAAUUUAAAGAUAUUAUGAAUCAAUCGCUAUGGAAUAACUCUCAUAUCAAAAUAGAUGGAAAAACAAUUAUGUAUAAAAAAUGGUUUGAUAAAGGAAUUUUGUUUGUAAAAGAUAUAAUGAAAAUAGAUGGAUCAUUUAAAACUUUUUUGGAGUUACAGGAAAUUUUACAGUUGAAUCAAGGAUGCUACUUAGAAUAUUUUGCAUUGCUAUUUUGUAUGAAAAAAGAAUGGAAAAGAAUAUUGAAAAUAGGUGAUUUAGAACAAGAACGAGAAGAAGAUGGAUAUAUGAAAUUUAUUACAUUUAAAAAAGUAACCAAACCUUGUUAUGAAAAAUUAGUGUCUACAUUUUGUUUAAAUUUAUUGAAUACGAAUCAAUGUGAAAAAUGGUCAUAUGAUUUGAAUGUAAAUUUGAGAGACUUAAUUCAAUGGCAGAAUAGAUUUGAAAUUGUAUACUGGGUAACGCUAGACACAAAGAUUCGUGUAUUUCAAUUUAAAUUUAUCCACCGUCGUUUGGCGACGAAUGAUUAUUUGUAUAAAAUCGGCAUACACAACUCUCCAGUCUGUAAUUUCUGUAAAAAAGAACCACAAAGUUUAUUGCAUUUGUUUUGUACAUGUUCUAAAAUUCAGCAAUUUUGGUCUGAUAUAAAUGCUUGGUUAUUAAGAAACAAUGUAUACACUCAAAAAUUUUCAUACCUAGAUAUUUGUUUUGGUUUUGGCGAAAAAACUCACCAUCUUAUAAAUACAAUUGUAUUUUAUGCAAAAUAUUUUAUUUAUAAAACAAAGUAUGAAGAAAAAAAUCUUUCGUUUUUACGUUUUACAAAAGAACUAGAUUUUCUUCAACAAGUAGAAUAUAUAAUUGCAUUCAGAAAAGGAAAACAGAAUACACACAAACAAAAGUGGAGACCUCUAAUUUAAUUUGAUUUGAUAUUUGAUAUCUAAUUAUUCGUUUACAUGUCCAUUUUGUUUCUUACACAUCUU